CAGUGUAUUAGUAGGGCAUUGCUGUGCGCUGCCUGUGCUCACUGCAGUCAGAGAGGGUGUGUUGGUUGCCUCUAUUUUGGAAACUCCAUUGCCCUACAGUACAUAACACCCGCCUGCGCUCAUUCUCGCCCUCUCUCAGACACAAACCGUGGCUUCUUAUUACCACUGAGUUUCUGCGUCAAAGCGAUUUCCCGGUCGCUCUGUGAUUCUGUCUCCAGUUUCCUCAGCUGUAGCGCCUCUGACAGCGUCUCUUCAUGGAGGAUUAUCAUAAACCCGACCAGCAGACCCUGCAGACUCUGAGGAACAUCGCCAACCGGCUGAGGAUCAACUCCAUCAAGGCGACCACUGCAGCUGGCAGCGGCCAUCCUUCAUCAUGUUGCAGCGCGGCCGAGAUCAUGUCCGUGCUCUUUUUCCACACAAUGAAGUACAAGCCCGAAGACCCAAGGAAUCCCAACAAUGACCGCUUUGUGCUUUCCAAGGGUCACGCAGCUCCAGUGCUGUAUGCAGUGUGGGCUGAGGCAGGCUACCUCAAGGAAAGCGAGCUGCUGAACCUGCGGAAAAUCGACUCCGUUCUGGAAGGACACCCUGUUCCGAAGCAGCAGUUUGUGGAUGUAGCUACAGGAUCCUUAGGGCAGGGGCUGGGAGCAGCCUGUGGCAUGGCCUACACUGGAAAAUACUUUGAUAAGGCAAGUUACCGUGUGUACUGCCUGCUGGGCGACGGGGAGCUCUCGGAGGGAGCUGUGUGGGAGGCCAUGGCCUUCGCCUCAUUCUACCAGCUGGAUAACCUGGUGGCCAUUCUGGAUAUCAACCGUCUGGGCCAGAGCGACCCCACCCCUCUGCAGCACCAGGUGGAAAAAUACCAAAGACGCUGCGAAGCUUUUGGGUGGAAUGCCAUUGUGGUGGACGGGCACAGUGUGGAGGAGCUCUGCAAAGUGUUCUGCCAAGCCAAGCAUCAGCCCACUGCCAUUAUUGCAAAAACUAUCAAAGGGAAAGGAAUCCCAGUGGCAGAAGACAAGCUGGGCUGGCACGGCAAGCCUUUGCCCAAGGACAUGGCUGACGCCGUGCUGAAGGAGCUGCACAGCCGAAUCCUCAACAAUAACAAGAGGCUGUGCCCAGCGCUGCCCAUCGACGACGCCCCGUCUGUCAACAUCAGGAACAUCAGGAUGCCCAGCCCUCCGAGCUACAAGCCUGGAGAGAAGAUUGCCACGCGGAAAGCGUAUGGAGUUGCCUUGGCGAAGCUCGGCCGGUCCAGCGAUCGAGUGAUCGCUCUAGAUGGGGACACCAAGAACUCCACCUUUUCAGAAAUCUUCAAGAACGAGCACCCCAGCCGCUACAUUGAGUGUUACAUCGCAGAGCAGAACAUGGUUGGCGUCGCGGUUGGCUGUGCUGCCCGGGACAGGACUGUGGCCUUCGCAAGCACCUUUGCCACCUUCUUCACUCGCGCCUACGACCAAAUCCGCAUGGCGGCUAUAUCCGAGAGCAACAUCAACCUGGUCGGCUCCCACUGCGGCAUCUCCAUCGGUGAGGACGGGCCCUCGCAGAUGGGAUUGGAAGACCUGGCUAUGUUCAGAGCCAUUCCCACGGCAACCGUUUUCUACCCAUGUGACGGCGUGUCCACCGAAAAAGCAGUGGAACUGGCGGCGAACACGAAGGGCAUCUGCUUUAUAAGAACUAGUCGUCCAGAAAAUACCGUCAUUUAUAACAACAAUGAGGACUUUCGUGUUGGACAGGCUAAGGUUGUGUAUCAAAGCAAGGAUGACCAUGUCACUGUGAUCGGAGCUGGAGUGACUCUACACGAGGCGCUGUCUGCAGCCGAGCAGCUCAAGAAAGAGAGGAUCAACAUCAGAGUGAUCGAUCCUUUUACUAUUAAACCUUUGGAUGCAAAAACCAUUCUUGAACACGGAAAGGCCACUAGGGGUCGUAUUCUCACUGUGGAAGACCAUUACUAUGAAGGUAAGACUGAACAAAUAGGAGCCCACAAAGAGAAUGGUUGAAAUUGCUGAAAUGCCAUAAAACAGUUGUUCAUCAAUACAUUUCUGAGAUAAUAGGGAAGUUCCUGUGAUCUAUGAAACUAAACAAGAGCCUUGUAUUUAAAAUGGAAUUUGUUUAGAGUACAUUGAAUUAAGUUGUGUUUUAUUACAUUUGUGAUACAUUCUUCUUUGUUUCCUAAAUAAGAAGGCUGUAGUUUUUUUUUUUGCAUAAACAGAACACAGCAACUAAACAUAGCCAUUUGCUUUGCUUAUAAAUAUUUGUAACUUCCACAAAUGCAACAAAUUGGUGGGAUUAUGUUUACAAUCAGACUUCCUGGUCUGAUUGAAAUAAAAACAGCUGAACAUUCUGUAGAGUUCUUGGAGAUUGUAAACUAUGAAUCUUGAAUGUCUGUAUAUUUCUGUGCACGUUAGUACAGUGCUGU